AUGGGCAUAGAAAGUAUGAUUGAGCAGUUGUGGGCAGCCCUUGAAGACGCUAAAGAAAUUUUAGAGGAACUGUUCGCCUUCUAUGUCGAAGUCGGAGAUGACACUGGGAAAAACGAAGCUUUUAAAGGGUCAGAAACCAUCGAAAAAGACGCACAAAGAGCGAUCGAAGCGGGACAAAGUGCGAUCAAAGUCCGCGUGUGCAAAGUCAUGAAUAUGAACACGCCAUUAAGCGAGAACACGACGGAUUGCUACGAGCAAUCGGCCCGAGAAGAUCAGCUAAACGAGUCACCACAGCCACAACGACCGAACCCGAUAUUUGAAGCCGUUAAAAGUUCCAACAUUCAGUGGUGA